GCUACUGACAAACGGGAGCCGAACCACAAUCACAACAACAGUCCGCGCGUCGUAUCGAAAACAUUUGCCUUUGCUGUGCGGUUCUGCGUCACCGGCAAGGAAAGUGUGCAGAAAGAAAAAUAAUUUAGCUACCUUUUUAUGGUGCUAUUAAUGUUCCGAAGCGCUUGAGCAGUAAUAAAACAAGAUGACUUCCAUCAUCAAGAUGCACGCCAUAUCAGGGGCGAUGGACGAAUCGCCCCCGUGCUACAUCUUACAGGUGGACGAUGUGCGAAUACUGCUCGAUUGUGGCUGGGACGAAAAGUUUGACCAGGGGUUUAUAAAGGAAAUCAAAAAAUAUGUGCACACCAUCGACGCAGUGCUGCUGUCCUACCCGGACGGUAGCCAUCUCGGGGCGCUACCGUACCUGGUGGGGAAGCUGGGCCUGAACUGCCCAAUCUACGCAACGAUUCCGGUGUACAAGAUGGGCCAGAUGUUUAUGUACGACAUGUUUAUGUCCCACUACAAUAUGCACGAUUUCGACCUGUUCUCGCUGGACGAUGUGGAUGCGGCGUUCGAUAAAAUCGUACAGCUCAAGUACAAUCAGAGUGUGGCGAUGAAGGGCAAAGGGUACGGCAUUACGAUCACCCCGUUGCCGGCGGGUCAUCUGAUCGGUGGGACGAUCUGGAAGAUUGUGAAGGUCGGCGAGGAGGAUAUAGUGUACGCGACGGAUUUUAAUCACAAAAAGGAGCGCCACCUGAACGGGUGCGAGCUGGAAAAGUUGCAGCGUCCAUCGUUGCUCAUUACGGAUGCGUACAAUGCGCGGUACCAGCAGGCCAGACGGCGGGCGCGCGACGAAAAGUUUAUGACGAACAUUCUGCAAACGCUGCGCAACAACGGGAACGUGCUGGUGACGGUGGAUACGGCCGGUCGCGUGCUGGAGCUAGCGCACAUGCUGGACCAGCUGUGGAAGAACAAGGAGUCGGGGCUGAUGGCUUACUCGCUGGCGCUGCUCAAUAACGUCAGUUACAAUGUGGUGGAGUUCGCCAAAAGCCAGAUCGAGUGGAUGAGCGAUAAGCUGAUGAAAAGCUUCGAAGGCGCCCGUAACAAUCCGUUCACGUUCAAGCAUCUGCGGCUGUGCCACACGAUGGCCGACUUGGCGAAGGUGCCCAGCCCGAAGGUGGUGCUUGCCAGCUCGCCGGACAUGGAGAGUGGCUUUUCGCGGGAACUUUUCAUCCAGUGGGCACCGAACGCGAGCAACAGCAUCAUUAUCACGAGCCGUUCGUCGCCGGGCACGCUGGCACGCGAUCUGAUCGAGAAUGGGGGCAAUGGGCGAAAGAUCGAGAUGGACAUCAGGCGCCGGGUGGAGCUGGAAGGCGCCGAGCUGGAGGAGUACAUGCGGACGGAGGGCGAGAAGCUGAACCGGUCGAUAAAGAAGCGCGAUCUGGACGAGAGCAGUUCCGAUUCGGACUCGGAGCUGGAGAUGAACGUCAUCACAGGGAAGCACGAUAUCGUCGUGCGGCCGGAAGGUCGAUCGCAUACGGGCUUUUUUAAAUCGAGCAAGAAAAACUACGCCAUGUUUCCGUUCCACGAGGAAAAGAUCAAGUUUGACGAGUACGGGGAAAUCAUUCAGCCGGACGACUAUCGCAUGGUGGACAGCGGGCCGGGCGACGCGAACGGCGCCGACGAUAAUAAGGAAAACGGUGGCAUUAAGCAGGAAGACAUCAAGAAGGAAAAGGACGAGGAAGCGUCCGUGCUGGACAAACCGACCAAAUGCGUCCAAUCGCGCAAACCAAUCGAGGUGAACGCGCAGGUACAGUUUAUCGAUUUCGAGGGUCGGUCCGAUGGGGAGUCGUUGCUGAAGAUUCUUUCCCAGCUGCGCCCCCGGCGGGUAGUGGUGGUGCGCGGAUCUGCCCCCAACACGACCCACAUCGCGGAACACUACCAGCAGAACAUUGGGGCGCGCGUGUUUACACCGAACCGUGGGGAGAUUAUUGAUGCCACGACGGAAACGCACAUCUACCAGGUGCGGCUAACCGAGGCGCUCGUGUCGCAGCUCGAGUUCCAGAAAGGUAAAGACGCGGAAGUGGCUUGGGUCGAUGCGCAGAUCGUUAUACGCAACAAGCGUAUCGAUACGGUCGCGGAAAAGGAUACGUCUGCCGGCAAUGGCGCGGGGACGCUUUCAGCCAACCCGGCGACAGUCGCACAGUCGGGUGGUGGUGGUGGUGGUGUGGGCACGGCAGGCACCAACAAUGCCGGUAGCGGUGCAUCGACCGGUGCCGAUACACGCAUGGACGUGGACGAAGAGUUGGACACGCUGGACGAUAAGAUUGACAAACAGAUCCUGACGCUAAAGCCGCUCUCGCCGGACGAUCUCCCGCCGCACAAUCCCGUGUUCAUCAACGAGCUGAAGCUGAUCGAUUUCAAGCAGAUCCUGAUGAAGAGCAACAUUGCAUCGGAAUUUUCGGGCGGUGUGCUGUGGUGCAGCAAUGGGACGGUGGCACUGCGCCGUGUCGACACCGGGCGAGUCACGAUCGAGGGCUGCAUUUCGGAGGAUUAUUACAAAAUCCGGGAACUGUUGUACGAACAGUACGCCAUCAUCUAAUCAUGGCCUUACUGUCUAUUAAGCGUAAUUUGUACUUGAGUCAAAGGGCGGGAAAAAACAAAACGAUACGAAAUAAACUAAUUCAAUCAAUCGAACAGCACGA